UAUAAAUGUGCAGAAAGAAAUUAGGAGCAGUUUUAGGGGUCAGCUUAGUUUGUUUAGCUCUCGAAAAACCCGUCGCCGGAGAGAAAUGUCGGAUUAUUUGCCUAAAGAAUUGUUGGUUGACAUCUUCACAAGACUACCAGUCAUAUCAAUUCUUCGAUGCACAAGUGUUUGCAAGUCAUGGUAUUCUCUUAUUGCUAACCCUAAUUUCAUCUCCAUACAUCUGAAUCGGAAACAAGAUGAUCACAUCUUGAUUCGAAAUUACUUUGAGAACACCAAAGUAGAUAUGUAUGCUAUGUUCGGAAACAAUGAGAGGUUGGAUCACAACUACGUAGAUUUUGUAUUUAGUAACGAUUCCAUUAGUAUAGUGGGUAGUUUAAAUGGGAUUUUGUGUCUUGCUGACGCCGACAACUUGAACGAUUUCUAUUUCUGUAAUCUAUCAAUCAGAAAGACGGUAAAACUCGCAGAACCAGCUUAUUUAUGUGAUAAAUGUAAUACUUCUGGUUCUACAUUGGGGUUUGGGUUUGAUUCUGUUUGUAAUGACUACAAGGUGGUAAGAAUAGUACACACUAUGAUUCAUUCGUUUCCACCUCGUGUUGAUCUUUAUAAGUCAAGUACUGGUGUUUGGGAAGACAUUACCCAUGUGUCUGGGUCUUUUGUAUUCAUUUUCACUACACCACAGGUGUUUGUGAACGGAGCGUCUUAUUGGAUUGCUUCCAAAUUGGAGGUACUAACAUUUCGGAGGGUGAUUGUGGUGUUCAACAUGCAUGAUGAGACAUUCUCAGAUAUGAUAUUGCCAAGUAGUUUAACCAAUGCGUCAAGAGCACGCUAUGAUGAAAUGUUCCUCUUCGUGUCACAGGAAUCUCUUUGUUUGGUUGAUAAUAAUUAUGACAAACGUGAACCUAUUGAAAUUUGGAUGAUGAGGGGGUAUGGUGAACCAGACUCAUGGGUGAAACAGUUCAGCAUCCAAAAUUAUUACCUGGCACAAAAUAUUCCUCUUCGUUAUGACAUUUUCUGGACACCUUAUUGUGGAAGCGCUGCUCCAACUGAGCUUGAAAUUGCUAAUGACUUCGUGAAGCCAAUGGCUAUAACGAAAAAUGGUGAAAUCUUAUGGAAAGGUAACCAAAGAUUAUUGGUUUCAGUUGAUGACACAGUUGAAAAGUUUAAAGAUGUUGACAUUGGUAACUGUAAAAAUGAUUGGUGUUACAAUCCGCGUUAUGUUACGUAUUACAAAGAGAGUCUUGUUUUACCUGAUAGAUGGACAAAUAGUUAUGUUGGAGAUGCUUGUGAGGAGUCAUCCGAUUUAUGGAAGAGAGAGCCUAAAGAUGGGAAAAGAAAGAUCUCAAGGGAAAAAUCUAAAUAUAAAAUGCGGAUUGCAUCUCUUUUGCACAUAAGUGGAUUGCUUUACGUGUCAAAAAUGAAAUGGAAAUGGCUGCAGAAGAAAGGAAGGAAGAGCAUGCAAGUCAAAAAACCUUCAUUGUCCAAUUAGUUAGCUAUGUUGCACUUGAAGUCCUCUAGCUCAGGUUCAGGCUGACACUGAAGACCUCUUUUGAUGUAUUGGAAGGUCAAAACUUCAAUGAGCCAGAAGUGUAUGGCACAUUUAAUACUCUAGGUUACUGAGCUUUCCCCGUCUCCCGCUUUUGAUAAAGGAAAUCUUCAUUCCAUCUAUGAGAAAGGUUCAACAUCAGGUGCUUGUAAUAAAAACUUCAAUACAGCUAAGCCAGUCAUUCAUUACUAAAGAAUUCUGAAAGAGUGACCAUUGGAUCUACCAUAAGCUACACUAUAGUUCCCUUGACAGCACAACCAUUGUUGAACAAGUGAUAUUCCAUCAACGAGCUCUUAGACGUUGGCACAACCGCUUGUUCAGCAGUGAUUCUGCUGCCAAGUAAACUUUGGUUUACGCCUGCUCAACACUUCUGUUAUGUUGUUCAUGCCAUCAGCCACAACCAAGUUUUUAUUCCACUGAUAUGCCUUUCAUGCCUGCACUCAGAACAUUUUUGCUCCAAUACAGAGAAGAGCUUUCUUACUCUUUCCUAUUCGUUUGUUCUUUCUACUUCAAUUCUUUGUCAAACAUUAUUUUUUUUCUUGAAUGUUGUCUGAUCUAUCUCUUUGUCGACUUGGGAAGAGCUAGCUCAGAUACGAGGGAAAACAUCCCUACAUUCGCUACUGCUUGCUUUGAGAUGGAAGUGACCAAGCAUAUGCUGCUCAUACCUUGCUUGGCUGAAAUAGUGCUCUGAACAAAAGAAAGGGAAAACAGAUAUUGGUUCUUAUAAUAGGAAAAAGCAAAGUCCAAACUUUUAUUGUUUUAGGUAUAUUGGCUCCCUAACAGUACCAUAGAUGUUGUCUGGACUAGUGACAGAAAGGUGAAAACCAAAUGAAACUGAUCCCAGAUGCUGUUCAUGAAGCAAGUUGCCGCCAAAUUAAAUUUCAGCAAUAAGUUUAUAAUUAUGUUUCCUAAUUAUGUUUUAUCCAUUAUAGUUAAUAUUUCUUUAUAUAUAUGUGCAUCCAACUCUUAUUAAACUUAA